AUGGCUGAGUCAAUAACUGAAGUGUUCAACAGUAUGGAAGUUUUGGAAACCACAGAGGAGGGAAGGAAGAAAUCUAAGUUUAAAGCCUUUAAGCUAUUUUUUGGCAAGAAGAAGAAGAAAGAGACAGAAGAUGUUCCAGAAGGGAAACUUCUAAAUCCAGGAUUUUCUACCAGCACUGUUAAUGUGUCUUCUCUGAAGCCAGUUCUGGAAACAGAAACAGAGAACAAGCCUAAGAGAAGCAUGGGAGUCAAGGCCAUAUCCCAUGAGAGUGUCUUCUGUUUGGAGCCUGAGCCUGAAAAAUCAGCAAGCAACCAGCAAUCUUCCAUGCAGGCCCAGAGAGGCAGAUCACUGAAGACCCCAGCACAACCUUCACGCUUACAGAGAUUCAGCACCAGCCCACAUGCUACCAUAUCUGAGAAAGUCUAUCAGGAGAUGCAAAAAGCCAUUGCUGGUGACAAGUCACCCAGGAGCUCCAGAAAGAAGUCUUCAUCACAUCACUCACCAACACCAACAAAGAGUGUCUCUGAAAUGUCUUCGGAUCUUGAGCUAGCCCAGUCCUCUCAAAGCAGCACUCAGCAGCCCUCACACUUUAGCACCCCAGCCACCUCCCGUGGUUGCUUGGAUUCUUCAGCUGCUAAACAAAAGAUAUCUUUAAACCCCCGGAAACAGAAGAAGAAGAAGAAGAAGAAGACAAUUUCCACAUCUGUGAAAGUAAAGCAGGAAGAGCAGCAGCAUUCACUACCAUCCAAAGAAAAGACUACAGUGAAGAUGAAACAAGCUGACCAAAAGGAGCAGAAAAGGGACGGCACAGAACUCUCAAGCCAGGAGAAGAGUUACAAACCUCAGACUCAAGAUAAGGAGACAAGAGAUCAGGCUCUAAGAUCAAAUCCAAGAAGAUGUAGAAGGGCCAAAAAUGAGUGGGAGAUCAUAGAAAGAAGCCUUCUAAAAUCCACUCAAGAGCAUGGCCUAGGCAGUAGAUCUGAGUCCUCACCUAAUAAAGAGAUGACUGGUGAAGAGCACUCUUUCUUACACCUUUUCUUGGAGAAGAAAGGCACAGCACAACAAACAACCACAGAAUCAAAAAUUGCUCGUUCUGAGGAGAUGCUGUCAGAUAAAGGGGGUAUGAAGAGGGAAAUGGGUGACAUAGAUGUUGAAGCUCAAGGAGCGCUAGCACCACAACCUAUACCUACAGAUGUAGUGGAGUCCUUGGUCAGUGGUUCACCACGGUGCCAAGAAGAUAGGUCUUCUGAAGGCAAGAAGAGAAAGAAUAGAGCUGCUAUGUUGCCAUGGACACAAAAAUCUUCUACCAGCCCAGAAGAGGCCACUGUCUUGAGUAAAGUCCAUGGAGAAGAAGAAAAAGCAUCCAGCCCUGGUUCGCAGAAAUGUCAACCCAAAAUGGAAUUAUCCUUGGAGAGCACAACUUCCAACAAAAAGAGGCAUUCCAGAAGUGGUUUCAGGGCCCUUUCUGCAAGCAUUUCAAGUGCUACAACAGAAGGUGAUGUUUCUACACAGAUAUCACCUUUCCCUCUCAGAAGGUGGCCAAAUGCAAGGGAUAUCUCCUCAGAUUCAAAGAGUACCUCAGAGUAUGAGAGUAGUUCUGAAAUGCAGCUGGAUCCUACACAUCCUUUCCAGGCUAAAGAUGAUGAUGGUGAGGAUGAUGAUGAUGACGAUGAUGUCUUCCUCAAAUCAGAAAGUGUAGAUGCAGGACCGAGCAUGAUGGAGCAGCAGCAGCCUCUCAGAUAUUCCCCCCAGUCAUUAGGGAAACCCGGAGCUAGAGAAGGCUUUUCAGAGCCACAGAGUUCUUCAGAAGAUGAGAGAAGUUGUGAGGAACUGACAUCUCACUCUUCCCAUUCCUUGGAGGACUUUGAAGAAUGCUCAGAAUCAAAAAGUUUCGCCCUAGGUUCCAUCUCUGAAGAGCAGCUGACUCCCACCUGCCAUUCACAGGCCGUGCAGGUGUCUGAGGAAAAGGAAGCUUCCACAGAAUCAAGUAGUUACAUGGAGAAGUACCACAGCUCUGAGGAUCUGACCAGCUCAGAGCAGGCUUCAGGUCAGUUCAGAGACCAGCAAGAAGCAGUCCCAGUUUCAAAGAGUGUUCCAAAAGAGCGGAGUGUUUCUGCCAAGCCGGUGCUUCCCAAGACCACUUCUUCACCCAUGGUGAGUUCUAUUAGUCAACAACAAACCCCCACCACAAUGAACAUUUCUAUGGGACAGAGCAGAUCUAUGGAGACAUUGCCUCCCAGCCACACUAUGGAGUCAUGGUUGAGCACUCAGGCUGAGCAUCAAGAAUUUGUAGAGUUAGAGGGUGUGGCUGCCGACUGGGACAUUUUUAUGCAGCCACUACAUAAUUUUCAGCCCCCAACCAGACCAGUGUUUGAGCAAGAAGUUUCUGCAGGCCCAGAAGUUGCCAUUUUUGAAGAGAGUGUUGCUGCACAGACUCUCAGACAACCUUCCCAGUCCUCUGUGCAACAAAGCAUCAAGAAAGAAAUAUUGUUGGGUGCAGAAAGUGAUGCAUUUGAGGGAUGUGCUUCCAUAGAGCCCUUGCCUCCUCAGCAUCAUCUUCAGCCACUGUUGAAUCCCUUCAUCCAGCAACAAGCAUCCUACAGAGGGAUUUCUAUGGAUCCAAGGUUUGCAAUGCACUUUUUCCAGCCACAGAUGAAGCUUCAAGGGAUGCAAUCAUUUUCUUUAGCUCCAGAGAGCACAGCAUUUGAAGGGAACACUUCUUUGGAGCAUGUGCCUCAGACACUUCCCCAGCCUAUGCUGCAGCCUUAUCAAAAUGUGCCUUUAGAAUCCAAGGCUGUUGCUGCUAAGAUGAUGUCCAUGGACCCAAUGCGCUCAACAUAUCCUGCUCAGUCCUUACCAAGUCCUCAAAGCCAACUAGUCUCAGAAAGCACCUCUAUAGAAGGCGCCACUGUGGUGGAGCCUCUUCCCCCUCAGCCUUCAGUGAAGUCCAAAUUCCAGCCACAGAUGAGCCAAGAUUCAGUGAGCACUUCCACCCUAUGGAGCAGUUCUAUGGAGGCACUAUCGCCUCAGCAUAUCUUUCAAACACAGGCAAACCCUAAAUUUAUGCAAGUUCCCACAGCUCCAGAGAGCCUUGAGGCCCAAGGGAGCAUAUCCAUGCAACUAGUUCCUCCCAGAAGUCCUUCUGAUGCAUCGGUGGCCCCUACCUUUGAGCAAAGGUCUAUACUCCCAGGCACUGUUCCUGUUGCAUGGGCCAUUCCUAUUUAUUCAGCAGCUCCCAGAAUGCCUUCUCAGCCCUUGAUGGGAUCUAUCAUCUCUGUAGAGCCAAUGUCUACUAGACACCCUUUGCAGCCAUGGCAGGCUACUCCAUUUGAACAUUGCUCUGCACCUUCAGACAGUGCUGCUGCUGCUGCUGCAGCUGCCGCCCCAGCCGCCGCCGCUGCUGCUGCUGCAUGGGGCAUUCCUAUUGCUCCACCACCUCCCAUAAUGCCUUCUCAGCCCUUGAUGGGGACAGUCUCCACCGAGUUAGUAAGUGUUUCUGUGCCACAGAGCAGCUCUGUGGAGCUAAUGCCUUCCAGAUUCCGUUUCCAGCCAAGAGCAGAUCCAGAGAGCUAUACAGCAGAGAAGGGAGUUAAUACAAUGAUAAGGCCAGGAAGGCAUCAUUCUUCCACCUCCAUGAGCUCAGAAUCCAAAGAAGAUGAUUCCCCAGAUUCAGUGAGAGCUUCUGGAGAAUGGAGCCUUCCUACGGAGUCAACGCCUUCCAAAAAUGCUCCUCAGCUGUGCUUAGGCCCUGAAUUUGAGCAACAAGCCUCAAAUCCAGAAGUUGUUGACGAAGAGUGGAACCCUUACAAGGAGGCAUGUCUUUCGGGACAUCCUUUCCAAACCAUUACCAAACAUGAAGUCCAGAAAACACCGUCAAAUUUUGAGAGUCCCUCUACUGAGGGAGGCAUUCUUCGCAAGCCACUGCCUUCCAAACAUCCCAUCUCAUUCUUAAUGAGAUCUAAAAUUCAGGAACUGUCCACUCGUCUUGAGGGUGCUGACCCUCAAGACAGCUCCGAUAAACCACAGAAGAGCACAGCUCCUUCCCAGUCAUUUGUGAAGUUUAUGGUACAGCAAGUAUUUUCAGCAAGCAAUGCUAAUAAACUAGGUAUUUAUGCAAAGCCCAUGAUUCGGAGCCGCAGCCGUCCAUCCAGAUCCCUGUUGAAGCCUAAACUCGAUGAACAAGUUUUCUUUUAUAACUGGGACAAGGAACCCACGGAAUACACCAGUGUGAAGAAUCUGCUCAUACAACAGCCUUCUCAGUUGCUCAGAGAGCCUGAAAAGCCUCAAGAAGUUCUGCCAUAUUCUGAGGGUGCCCCUAUGAAGAGGAGCAGUUCUGCAGAAGACAUCUCCCAGCCCCGGCGUAAGCUUGAGUACAGGCAGAAAGUCUCAGUUUCUGUCAAUUUUCCUGAAGAGUGGAAGAAGUCUGAAGGACAGCUACAGUUCACAGAGCCUUCUCAAGCCUUCCAAGUGUCUGGGUUGCAGCCACCGAAGUUAUCAACAGGCUCCGCAAAUGUUCCUGUGGAGUGGAGGAGUCCUGAAGAACAUCGGCAUCCCGGUCAGCCUAUUGAGGCUGUCUUGAUCACUGACUAUCAGCAACAAGUUUAUUUAAGUUCUGCCAAUUCUGCUGCUGAAGGAACCAUUUCUGAAAAGAAUACUGGCAGCUGGUCCAUGCCAAAAGCCCCAGCUUCUUCAACAAAGUCCAUGAAAUACAGUAAAGGCUAUGAGGACUUACCUAAAAUCACCUUGAUUUCUGAUACCAAACCUGGCACAUUCACUACUGUUCCUGACCAGAAAGCAUUCGUUUCCCAGGGCAUUAAUUCUAAGGAGGAAGUUCCUCAGAGUCGUGAUGGAAAUGAGAGUCCUUCAAUCCUAUCCACCAGAGAGACUGAGGUCGAAAACAUUUUUGGAGUGCGACUGCGAAGAAUCUCACAAAAGAGUGGGAUGGAGAAACCAGAUCUUUUCACAUCAUUUGUCCCAGUUUCAUCGUCAAUAAGCAAAGAAUCGGUGAACAAAGAAGAUCUCCAGGACCUCAGUAGAGGCCCAGAGAAGUUUAGCCCAACAAAGUUUAGCUUUGUGGAAAAGCAAGGGAACAGGCCCAGAUAUCAAGGCAUUUUCAAGAAACCAGCAGUUUACAAGCCUCCAGGAAACACUUCUAAUUGGAAGGCAGAUUCAACGACAGAGUCAGGUUGUAUCACUGUGGCAAAACAGAGGCAAAGGGGCAUUCCAUCCUACUUUGCUAAAAAACCCAGGAAUAGAGCUGAAAUUAGGGCUGAGACUAAGGAACCUAGGUAUGAAUCAAAAUAUGAUCCAGACUCGGAAUUACUACCAAAGGAACCUAAACACAAAACUGAUACCCCAGCAAAGACGAUUUUUUCUACCAUUAUUCCCAGACAUGAGUUGGCAAAGUUAAGGGUGUCUAAGUCUACAAAACCAGUUGCAUUUGAUGAUCAGAAGAUAUUUCAUACAUAUACCAGGGAAAAAGAGACCAGGAGAUCUUCAAGUCUUCCACCUAAAUUUACACCACCCGAGGAGCCUGUGUGGUUUUCAGUGGCCAAGAAGAAAGCCAAAGCAUGGAGUCAAAUGGCAGAGAUCAUGCAAUAA